UCUUCAAACAACUUCCGGUAAAAUUGGUUUGAGAUUUGAGACGGCUUUGGGUUAAAUUAGGAGUUGGAAACAGACUUAACCGAGUUUAAUUAUGCCGGUGAAGCUUGAUCCACCUCCUCCUGCCAAUUCCAAACAGCCGGGAGUGACCACGACCCUCCUGUAUAACGGGUCCAGAUUUCAGGGCCAUCAAAAAAGUAAAGGAAACUGUUACGAUGUGGAAGUUAUUUUGCAAUAUGUUGAUCUUGAAAAUUCAUACCUUUGUGGAUAUCUGAAAAUCAAGGGACUCACAGAGGAAUACCCGACCUUAACAACUUUUUUUGAUGGCGAAAUCAUAAGCAAGAAGCACCCAUUUCUAACAAGAAAAUGGGAAGCCGAUGAGGAUGUGGACAGAAAGCAUUGGGGGAAAUUUUUGUCCUUUUUCCAGUUUGCCAAAACCUUCAACUCAGAUAGCUUUGACUAUGAUGACUUGAAUAACACAGACUUUGUUUUCAUGAGAUGGAAGGAACAUUUCCUUGUGCCAGAUCAUACAAUAAAGAAUAUAAAUGGAGCAUCUUUUGCUGGAUUUUAUUAUAUCUGCUUCCAGAAAUCUACCACAACCAUUGAAGGAUAUUAUUAUCAUAGGACCUCAGAAUGGUUCCAGUCCCUGAACCUGUCGCAUGUACCAGAGCACAGUAUACCAGUUUACCAGUUUAGAUAGCAGGACUUGACUCACUCUGUUUUUUAUGUACAUGUAUAUAGAAUUCAUCCUACAAUUUACAUACAAUGUAUGGACUUCAUUGUUAAAUUUGUUGUCAUAUUUACCUGUACAUAUUUUGUUGUCAUAUAUACCUGUAUAUAUAUUUUAGGGAAUUUUACUGAUUAUGAUGAGGAUUUUUUAUGGUUAGUGUCGAAAAUACUGCAUGAAAUCUAAAUAUAUCCUUAUUUAUGAAUUGUUUUAUUGUAAUAAAGAGCUUUUUAGGAGAUACGUACCUAAAUUGCAUUUUGAAGGAAA